GUUUGUGUUUGUGUCUGUGUCUGUGUGUGCGCGCGCGCACAUGUGUGUAUAUGAGUGUGAAUAUGUAUGCAUAUAAAUACUGUAUGUGAUUGCGUAUGUGUGUGUUUUUUUGCACAUCAAGAUGGCGGUGGCUCCUGACAGCAGAGUGCUCUCUUACAGUGUUUAUAAAUGGAGCUCGUACUCCUCUACAUAUUUACCCGAGAAUAUUUUAGUGGACAAACCUAAUGAUCAGUCUUCCAGGUGGUCAUCUGAGAGCAACUAUCCUCCACAGUACUUAAUCUUAAAACUUGAGAGACCAGCUAUCGUUCUGAGCAUCACCUAUGGCAAAUAUGAAAAAACCCACGUGUGCAACCUGAAGAAGUUCAAGGUUUUUGGAGGCAUGAGUGAAGAAAACAUGACGGAACUCUUGUCCAGUGGCCUUAAGAAUGACUUCAACAAGGAGACAUUUACGCUAAAGCACAAGAUCGAUGAGCAGAUGUUCCCCUGCAGGUUCAUUAAAAUAGUGCCGCUGAUGUCAUGGGGGCCCAGUUUUAACUUUAGCAUCUGGUAUAUUGAGUUACAUGGCAUAGAAGAUCCAGAUGUUGUCCAGCCCUGCCUUAACUGGUACAGUAAGUACCGUGAACAGGAGGCUAUCCGCCUGUGCCUGAAACACUUCCGGCAGCACAACUACACUGAAGCCUUCGAGUCCCUGCAGAAGAAAACACGUAUCGCUCUGGAGCACCCCAUGCUAACACACCUCCAUGAACGACUGGUCCUCAGAGGAGACUUUGAUGCCUGUGAAGAGCUCAUAGACAAAGCCGUGAGAGAUGGUUUGUUUAAUCAGUACAUCAGCCAGCAGGAUUAUAAGCCACGCUGGAGUCAGAUCAUCCCUAAAUGUAACAAAGGUGAUGGUGAUGAUAACAGGCCUGGCAUGAGAGGAGGUCAUCAAAUGGUCAUUGAUGUUCAGACAGAAACCGUGUAUCUGUUUGGAGGCUGGGAUGGAACGCAGGACUUGGCCGACUUCUGGGCCUACAGUGUGAAGGAGAACCAAUGGGCCUGUAUCUCCAGGGACACAGAGAAAGAGAAUGGACCCAGUGCUCGCUCAUGCCACAAGAUGUGCAUCGACUCUCAACGGAGGCAGAUCUACACUCUGGGCCGUUAUCUGGACUCCUCUGUCAGAAACAGCAAGUCCCUGAAGAGUGACUUCUACUGCUAUGACAUUGACGCCAACACGUGGACCCUGCUCAGUGAGGACACGUCUGCCGAUGGGGGGCCCAAACUUGUGUUUGACCACCAGAUGUGCAUGGACUCUGAGAAGCACAUGAUAUACACUUUUGGCGGACGGAUUCUGACUUGUAACGGCAGUGUGGAUGACAGCAGGACGUCAGAACCUCAGUUCAGCGGGCUCUACGCGUAUCGCUGUCAAGUUGGCAGCUGGAGUCUGCUCAGAGAGGACUCGUGUAACGCCGGGCCGGAGGACAUCCAGUCACGAAUUGGACACUGCAUGCUCUUCCACACGAGAAAUCGCUGCCUGUAUGUUUUUGGAGGUCAGAGGUCCAAAACAUACUUGAAUGAUUUCUUCAGUUACGAUGUUGAUGGCAACCAUGUGGAGAUCAUCUCAGAUGGCACCAAGAAGGACUCAGGCAUGGUGCCAAUGACUGGUUUCACACAGCGUGCCACCAUUGACCCGGAGCUGAACGAGAUUCAUGUCCUGUCAGGACUCAGCAAAGAUAAAGACAAACGUGAGGAGAACGUACGCAACUCCUUCUGGAUCUACGACAUUGCACGCAACAACUGGUCGUGUGUUUAUAAGAAUGACCAGGCAGUGAAAGAGAACUCCACUAAGGCCCUGCAGGAAGAAGAACCUUGCCCUCGUUUUGCACACCAGCUAGUGUAUGAUGAAUUGCACAAGGUGCAUUACCUGUUCGGUGGAAACCCUGGGAAGUCCAGCUCUCCUAAAAUGCGGCUGGACGAUUUCUGGUCCCUAAAGCUGUGCCGCCCUUCCAAAGAAUAUCUGCUUCGACACUGCAAAUACCUCAUUCGCAAAUACAGGUUUGAGGAGAAAGCUCAGACAGAGCCCCUGAAUGCACUGAAGUAUCUACAGAAUGACCUGUCUCGUACUGUGGACCACACAGAUCCUGAUGAGACAAAAGAGUUCCAGCUCUUGCCCUCUGCUCUGUUCAAAUCAAGCUCAGACUUCAUUCCUCUAGGAUUUUCAGAUGUGGAUCAGACGUACGCCCAGCGCACACAGCUCUUCGACACACUUGUUAACUUCUUCCCUGACAAUAUGACCCCGCCCAAGGGUAACCUUGUUGACCUCAUCACCCUGUAGCCACGCCCACACAUUAAACCACACCCUCUGAUGCCUCUCAAACUCCUAUCACUCAAAAAUCAGAAUUAUUUUUCUACAUUUCCCACCUGAGGUGUGUCAUGCCCACCUGUUUUUCCUCUUCUACAGACCUAAUGCAACUUAUACAUCGCUGAUACAUAUUUGCAAAAAUGCAAAAAUACACUUUUCUACUCUGAAGUGCCAGGGUUGGAUUUUGGUUUUAAAGUUGUUUCAGAGUGAAUAGAAGUUGAAAUCUUCAUAUCUGCCAAAAUUUAGUUUUUUCCAAGUCUAUUACAGUUUUAUCAGUUUUUUUCUCAGACAGCUUGAAAUAUAGCGGAGUCAUAAAUCUGACCAGUUUACAUUGUAAAAAGGGGUGGAUUUGAUUUAUGAACAAUUUUUGAUUAACAGGGGUUCCAUUCCACCUCCCUCUCUUAAUUAUUGACAAACAUGCAUGCGUAAAGUCAGUGGUGGGAGUAGAGGCAAAGAUCAGGUGCCUCUAGAGUCAGUUUUCUGAUUCCAGAGGCUGUUAAUUGUGAUUUUACAUUUUUUAUUUUUUUAUCAAAUGGGAACCAUUCUGACACAUUUGUCCAUUUUCAAUACUGGAUUUAAAUGCUGGCUUCCAUCUUAAACCUGAGUGCUGCUAUUGGAUACUGUCAUGACAUCAUUGUCGCUUUAAAAGUGAUUAGACAUCGAAUUCCAUAAGUACAGGUUGUCAUCUACAAAUCUUACAAGGAAUAUAGAAACAUGUUUAAGGUAAAUGUGGAGUGUACACAUUUAGAUGCACAAGAAAUGUUUUCCACUGUGUGUGUGCGUGCGUGCGAGUAGAGAGGCAAAUACUGGUAGCACUUGGUCAGUUGCAGUUCUUUUCAGAUAAAAUCUGAAUCUACUUCAAGAUCAUAUGCACUAAUUUAAGACAUUUAUAACAGUUUAUUACACUUAUAUAAGGAAGUAUUGAGAUACUAUGUCCACCUUAGCACAAUUGGAAAAACUGAAGAAGCUGAUAAAAUUAAUUCCAUUGAGUUAUUGAAGUUCCCUAGCCAUAUAGAUUGCUGAUUGUGUUUGCUAAAGGUUAUGUCCAUGUGUGGCUGCAUUUAUCUAAAAUUUAAUAUAGACAAGUUCAUACUGCUGUUACAUAGACUGUUCAGCUUUCAAUGUGUAACUUAGUGGUACCAACUCAAAGGAGCUUUAUUGGGACCACUGGAUACUGAAGAGCCCCAUAACUAUUUAUUAUUAAUAAUAUUAUUAUAAUUUCUUUGUGAACAUGAGUGUGUGUGUGUGGCCCUCAUGUCUUAUAUUUUCCUCUAUGAUGCCAUAGAGAUGUUUGUGUGCCCAUCAUUCCUUAUGAGCUUUAGAAUGUUUACUAUCCUAGACAGGCAAAAGCAUGCUGGAGGGUUAGUCUUCCACAUGGUUAAAUGUGUAAGUGAGUUUGUGAAUAUAUAUAUGUCGACUGGUUUGAAGUUCCGAUAAAGCCCAUAAAACCUGUGUUCCAUUUGUUUGUCACAUUAGUUUGACAGCAGUUUUGUUUUGUCUCCCUGUGCACAUGAGUAUGAAGUGUUUGCCUCCACUCUUAAGGAAAAAUCUUCCAGUAGUUUGUUUUAAAUUUGCUGUAGUCUUGGCCUAACUCAUGCAAAACCAAAGGCUUAACGAACCAUGAAACAGUACACUAUGCUUCACUCUGCUGAUAGUGUUUCCCAACCUCCCUAAGUGUCAUAUUUCAGUCCCCUGAACUCAGUAUUAUCUUUUGUUUUGGUUCUGUGCAUUAAGAUGUAUAUCUGUAUAGAUAUACUUAAAGGGGUAAUUCACAAAAAUACAAUUCUGUCAUGAUUUACAUGCUCUUGAGUUGUUCUAAACCCUUAUGUCAUGCUUUCAUCUGAGGAACACAAAAGGGAAUUUAAAAAAAAAAAAUCUUUUUUUUUUUUGUUUUCUGUGCAAUGAAAGUGAAUGGUGGCUAACAUUCGACCUAAAAUCUCCUUUUGUGUUCCAUGUAAGAAAGAAUGUCAUACGGGUUUGGAACAACAUGAUGGUUUGUAAAUAAUGACAGAAUUUUCAUUUUUGGGUGAACUAUCAUUUGGACUCACCAGAGAGAAAAAAAUUUACAUCUCCAUGAUUAGCCCAUUUGUGAUUUCUAAGAUUCAUCGCUACUGAUUUCUUUCCUGGAGCGGAAAUGAUUUGCGUGUUGACAAUUUGGGUUUCAGGGCUUUCUUUGCCUUUUGUAGUUAGAAUUGUCUUUGUGCCAGAAAGGAAGUUAAAAAAAGAAAUGAAAUCGAGGAUACCAAGAGGAUCAACACUUAUAACCGGAGAAUUAUCUCGCACUCAAUGCCAAAUACAUUUUCUUGCUACUAGUGUACAUUUCUGAAGUAUCAGAUAUGAAAUUACAGGUUCUCUUUUCCUCUCUCCUGGAAAUUCUCAUCUUGGCGCGUCCCCUCAGCUCUUGAGCAAGGACAGCGAGAUGUAAGCACUACACUGUGGCUCUCAUGAAUGUGUAGAACCUAUUAAAGAAAUACAUUGUAUGUAAUGUAUAUAAAGAAUAAAGAUUGUAUUUUGUUCA